AUGUUAAGCAGCAAAAAUACUGGGAGACUAAAGCUUUUGUUUGUUUUCCUAGGACCUGGUAUUGAUGUGCCUGCCCCUGACAUGAGCACGGGUGAGAGAGAGAUGUCCUGGAUUGCUGAUACUUUUGCCACUACGAUGGGACACCAGGAUAUAAAUGCUCAUGCCUGUGUGACCGGUAAGCCUAUCAGCCAAGGUGGUAUCCAUGGCCGUAUUUCUGCUACAGGACGUGGUGUCUUCCAUGGGAUAGAGAACUUCAUCAACGAAGCAUCCUACAUGAGUGUUCUGGGAAUGACUCCAGGCUUUGGAGAUAAAACUUUCGUUAUUCAGGGAUUUGGUAAUGUAGGCAUGCACUCCAUGAGGUACCUGCACCGUUACGGAGCCAAGUGUGUUGGUGUUGGUGAAUUGGAUGGCUCAAUUUGGAAUGAUGAUGGAAUUGAUCCCAAGGAGCUAGAGGAUUACAAACUGGCACAGGGAACAAUUGUUGGAUUCCCUAAAGCGAAGCCAUAUGAUGACAACAUCCUGGAGGCAGAGUGUGACAUUCUCAUCCCUGCAGCUGGUGAGAAACAGCUGACCAAGAGCAAUGCACAAAAAGUCAAAGCAAAGAUUAUUGCUGAAGGUGCUAAUGGGCCAACAACUCCAGAAGCUGACAGAAUAUUCCUGGAGAGGAACAUAAUGGUUAUUCCAGAUCUAUACCUGAAUGCUGGCGGUGUCACGGUUUCCUAUUUUGAGUGGCUGAAAAAUCUGAACCAUGUUAGCUAUGGCCGUCUGACUUUCAAAUAUGAGCGAGACUCUAACUACCAUCUGCUAAUGUCCGUCCAGGAAAGUUUGGAGAGGAAGUUUGGCAAGCAUGGUGGUACUAUACCAGUCGUACCAACAGCAGAAUUCCAAGCCAGAAUAGCGGGUGCUUCUGAGAAAGAUAUUGUCCACUCGGGUCUUGCAUAUACCAUGGAACGCUCAGCAAAGCAAAUCAUGCGCACAGGGAUGAAAUAUAACCUUGGCCUGGAUUUGAGAACAGCUGCCUAUGUCAACGCUAUUGAGAAAGUCUUCAAGGUCUAUAACGAGGCUGGUCUGACCUUCACAUAGAGUGGGCACCGUCUCUCCUUUACAAACCCCCCUCUCAACCUUUCCCCAGCCUAACAUGUCAAACGUUUACACGCAGAAUUUUCUUUUCCUUUUUACUUUUUAAACCAAUGGAACACUAAUUCUCCAAUAGAAGCUGCCAGAAUUAGUGAAUAGGUUAAACAAUUAACAUAACCCACAAGCCAAUAUUAAGGCUUACAGAAAAUCUUUAUGAUCUCGCACUGCUGGCAAGUGGGAGCCAUGUUACAUUUACUUGAGAGGAGCUUUUCAAUGCGUAGCAUCCAAUUUGUGGUCUCCAGCUAGCAACCCCUGCCCCCUUGGCAAUAUCAUUAAAUUGACAAAUAUGCUCAGGGGAGAUUCUAAAGCCUGUUAGGUCAUUUAGUUCCUGUGCAUCAAAGGAUUGCCAUUUGUCUUUACUGAGUCCAUUCUGUCCCAGGUGUCUCAAGGUUAUCUGUAGCACUUCAGUCAAAAUUCUAUUGUUUUAGGCCUCUGUAUCUGGCAGAAAAGAAUCACAUUCAUUUGGGGUGGACAAAUCCUAAACUUUUGCCAGAAUGUUUUGUAAUUGGUUUGCUAUAAUUUCAUAUUUAAUUAGUUAUUUCGACAAGCUAGCUAUAAUUAGCCAAAGUGCUCCUGGGCUUUGGAGACCUAAUAUUACACAGGUUCUCCUUCCUGAUUUUGGUGUAUUGACCUUGUUACAAAGUUUACUUGUGGAUUUUGGAUUAAAGAUCAGGCUCUACUGUGACACCAACUAUGGUGGGAUAGUGUUAGGAGUCAGUGACUUCAGGAGCUUGAAGUGGAGAGGGUACAUAAUGUGUUAGAUGGCACACGUGUACAGUAACAACUGGUCAUGAUCAUGGUUAGGGUUCUAUUUACAUGAAAUGCAUCUAACUUCCAUUCAGUGAAGCUGGCAAAAGAGUUACAUGGAAGUGAGGAUGAGAGGUUUGCAGAUAAGCACAAAAAUAAUUUUUGUAGUGAAAGUCAUGCUCUGCCAGUUUUUAUUUUCCUUUGUCCAUCUGUAUGUGUAGCAAAGAAGUCAAUGUUGUUCAUACUGCUUUUACAUUAUAGCACAGUGACCUCACCCUUGUGGUUUCAGAGGAACAAUGGGCAGUGCAUUUAGGAACUCUGAAAUAAUCAGCCCAUUAGUGGAAGCAUUUAGUGCAGUCUCAUACUGUACUAUAUGGACCUAAUAUGGAUGUUUCUUUGGCAUUAGGAGAGUGGACUACAGAAAACAAAUGAAAACUGGCAAUCAUGACUUUCAAAUAACUUGUGCAGCUACAUAUUUUUUGAAUUAGUGCUAUGGAAUCCAGCCUCCAUUAUGAAUAGGACAGAACACCCAUAACCAGAAACGAAGACAAGUAUGGAAACAACUUUAUUAGUAAAACCAUCUUUUUUAUAAAAGCACUUUCUCUAGAUAGAAUAUCCAUUUACAUUUGUAAAGUCAGAGGAUAUGAUUUUCUUCUGUUUCUUUUAUUUAAAACUUUAUUUGAAUGUUUCCUAUGUGCUUUGGAGGUCAGACAUGACUUCCUAACUUUGUGCAGCAAUUAGGACCGUUUCCACAUUGAAUUCUGUCUGUCUUAUUGGAAACCUACAGCUGUCUUUCAUCAAAGUGCCCUUCAAUCCUGCCUCAAACACUUUUUACAUAGAUGGAAAAGUUGAUUUUUGUUUUUAAUACAAUCCCUUAUUAGUAGUAACUGUGUCUGUAUAGUAAACCCUGUAGAGUGGCUUCAAGUCUUCAACACAACCAAGUCAAUUCAGAAAUAGCACCUUCUAGCUAUGUGGAUGAUAUUGUAUGUCCAAUUUAGAACCAUAUUGCAUUGAUGGUUUUGUAGAUUGCUCAGGCAAAACACCAUAACAGCACCUAAUCUUUUAAAUUUGCCUGUUAGAUUUGUGACGAUGCACUUUCACAGCAGUAACCAGUUUUUGAGCUGCCCUGAUCAGUUUGUUAAAGUGGACAGCUUAAAAACUGAAAACUGCAGGAUACUGCUAAUGCUGUCAUCUUCUGCAGGGGUUUUAUAGCAACUUUCCUCCACUUCUCUAGCUCAGACAUUGUGGUGAAUGUUCAGAAUGGAAUUGCAUAUGACAAAGGGAGACAAAAGAAUGUUUCAGAAUUCUAUAGGAUUAAGCAUGUCAAAUUUGUCUUUUUUUUUUGGCAUUCGCCUUUCUGGGUGCAAUCAAGUACCAGAUGAACCCUUUUUAAGAAUAAUUUUGUUCUUUUCUACAUUCUUUCUUUUGCGUGAAGGUAAAUUGACAAAUUAUUAAACUCUUAAUACUUCAUUAGUGGUGCAUGAUCACUAAGUUUUCAUGCAUUAAUCCCCCUUUUGCUUUGGUGACAUUGUGCUGAAGUUAAUAGUGCUUCCCAACUUCUCCAUUUGUGGCCCACUGCUUUAUAAGUCAUUGGUUAUCGAGCAUUUCUGAGUCUAUCUUCAUCAAAUUUGAGCCGGGUUCAACCAAAAACUCAGGUAUAUAACUUGUUAAAAGGGAUGAAGUCAUGUAAUGGAAAGAACAUGCAUAUGGGGCUUGGUCUUUAUAACUUUAGUUGAAGACAAAUGGAAUAUUUUUUGAAAGAUAUCCUAUUCAAGGACUAACUGUGACAAACCUGAGAGGGAUUAAUAAAACAAUAGCAAACAUCACUGAAAAUCAACUCCUUUAGAAAGCAAAAUAGAACAGACCUCCACUCCAAUUUCUCUUUUAUUAAAGAGCAGGUGCAGAAGUUAAGUAGGAGAUAGAAAUUAACAUAAUUGUAGGUGCCAAAUGAAAUUUUUAAAAAUCAGCUAAAUCAUCUAGAGAAGCAAGUUCCCUUAAGCAUGUAAACUGGAUUUAAAAGGAUGAAUUAUCUAACAUGUUAAAGGUUACUGUCUUUAAGGAUUCAUAAACGAAGCUGUGAUUUUAAAAUCACUUGAUUGUAUACUUGAGAUAAGAAUCCUAAACUUCCUCAAAACCAGAAAAUCCCCAAGAACAAGAUUAGAAAUCAAAAUGAGGCUAUAAAGGUGCAAUAAUCAUCAGCAGUGUGUGAAUACACAGGAGGCCUGUGGAUUGGAAAUGAGCUACACUGUUAAUUAUAUUAGAGAGGCAACAAAACCAUCUGAGGAACUGUGGAUUUCUCAAUUAGUUUGGUCCCUGAGCCUCUGCACCAAAAAUCAGUUUGCACGUGGUAUUGCAGCUGCACGAACUGUAGCAGUUUGUGAACUUUCACAUUGAAAAAGUGAAUCGGUUAGCAUGCAAUAAAUUAUUUCAGUGAUAUGGAUACCACACUGGGACAAUUUACUUUUUCCCCCACUUGCCUGAACACCAUGCCAGUCAUUUGCUGCAGUCCUCAGCCAGUGGGUAUCAUGUUUGUCUUGUUCUUUGCCUGUCUGAUUUGUCACCCCAAACAAUAUUCUCUCACUCCCCAAAACCCAAUUGCACAGCACUAGACCUGCUCUUAUCCAAUCACGUGGUGCUGGAGUAUUGACAUGCUCAUUGUGCUGCUGAUGUGACUGGUUACUGGCACCCAAGAGACGAGCAAAUUGGAGUUGCACAUUUACAAAGAUAACAUGGAGCGGAAAGAAAGAUCUUGAUAUAAAUAGUCAGUUUGAUGGUAUGUUUGUAUAUAUCAAAUUCCUACAUUAAAUGUUGUAAGGGCUCACCAAUGAACUUGUCAAAGUGGCAUCAAAAUAUGGAUAGUUUCAAAAUUUAACUGGUGUUCUUCAUUUCCAAAAUUGAAUGUUAACAUAGAAUUUCUUUGCCCUUUUCUCUUUCUUCGACCCCAGUAUCUCUCUCAGCGUAAUAUACUUCAGUUUCUAGAACACAAAAUUAAUGUGGCAGUAUGUGUAACCAGAGUGUUGUUUUUCAUUUUUUUUAACAUCUCUAUAAAUUUUACCUCCAAUAAAGCUUUUGAAAUUUG